UAAAUAAAAUUAAUCAUUUAUACUGUAAUAGUAAUCAAGAACGGUUUAGCAUUAAUUAAUUAAUUAAAAGUUUAAUAUUAACCGUCAAAAUGUUUUGGGAUCUGAUCUUACCUUUAUUUAUUCCUGCGGGGCUAGUGUUAUUUUUUAGGAUAUUGAACAAACCAUACAAGCCUGCGAUAUUUGGUGUUUACCAGCAAAGGAACAAGUUCUUUUGGAUAAAAUAUAUUUUUAUGUACUUAAUUUUAUCCUUUAGACAGCUAAUAAACCAUUUAAGACGUAUAUUAGCCGUGGAAACAGGUAAAAGUAGCGAUGGUGUUCAACACAUACACAAGCAAGAUGAAAUGUUGGAAAAUAAAUAUUAUCUAAACGACCAUGCACAGGCCAUCGACGCGGUGUAUCUGAAUGGCUGCAACAAGGAGGGUGAUGCUGUUAUUUGUGGAAUCGCGAGGAGACCGAAGCAUGUUGUUGAUGCUUUCUUGUUUUUAAAGGUCAAAGGAGAAGACCUUCUCCUAUCUCCUGAGUUGCCAGACACUUAUCAAGAACAGGUGACCAUUGAAGAGGGUUACUAUAGGAUCAAAGGAUUAGAAAUUGCCAAUUUUAUUCCUAUGCGCACAUGGAAACUGACUUACAACGGCGAUAUGAAAGUUAGAAACGACACCGAGAAGACAGUAAAAGUAGAAUUGUCAUUGACAUGGAGCGCAGUAUUUUCUCAUUUCAACUACGACACACAGAUGUCGCCAAAAUCUAUGGCUCGAGACUUGGCCAAAGAGAGAUGGUCAAGAGGCUACUUCAAGUUGCUUAAAAAGUUCCAUCAAACACAUUAUGAACAAAUGGGAGCUCUAGAGGGGACCGUCACAAUUGAUGGGAAAGACCACGCUAUCAACAUACCUUGCGUGAGGGAUCAUAGUUUUGGGCCCUUCAGAGAUUGGAAAACGUUCCACCGCUACGUAUACCAUUUCAUCUUCCUGGAAAACGGGGACUGCAUGGCGAUUGGCUCAGUGUGUCAGCCUGCUGUUUUAUCACAUCUAACUAUCGGCUACCUCUGCCGUCAGUCGGAUCAGUCAGUUCUCCCAGUAGAGUUCUGUGACUUCCAGUUGUACCAACAUGGGGAACAUCAGAUCUUGCCCAAAGACUAUGGCUUCUGUUUCGAAGCUGGUGGCAAAACAUACGCGGUUCGAGUAGAAGUAGAUGAUGAAGAAACAUUCUAUAUUGGCAAGUCGAGGGAAGCCAAAUUUUACGAGAGAUGGUGCAGCGUCGAAAUAAACGGAGUCAAGGGAUCUGCGUGUGUCGAGUGGCAGUAUAACAACGUGCAGGCGACCAGUAAAAGGAAAAAUGAAUAAAUAAGGACAUAAUACGAAUAAUAAUAAGUACUUAAUUUAUAAUUCUUGAAGGGUGCCACUUGAACUAAAAUAUUCUCUCUUUGGCAGUAAAGGUAUGAGGCCCUAAUACGAUAAGCUUCCACUGAUCCGCAUCGUACGGACCGCUCGUCGGUAGUGCCUACAUGCGAUAUGUACUGAUGACGUCAUACGGAAUGCGUGCGAUGCGUACGAUGCGGGUCUAUGGACACUAUCUUGAAAGGGGGACUUUUAUCCUACAUGACUCUAAUUUUCAAAUAAAACAUUUCGAAAUUGAAACGAUCAGCUAUGUUGUGCUACUAGUGACAGCAUUUAUUUUCAGUUUUUUUUUAAUCUGAGUGGACAUUUCUUGAUUUCGAUUUUCAAAUUAAUAAUUUCGAAAUUGGAACCAUCCAGCCAUGUUGUGCCACUAGUGCCCGCAUUUGUUUUUUUUUAAUCUGUGGGUUGUUGUGGUACCCUGUGUUCGUUGUUUUUUAAUUUAUUUGAAUCGAGUAGAUAUAGGUCUAUUUUGCUUGUUGCUUUACUAUGUGAUGCAUAGUGAGAAAAAACAAAUAUUGACUAGUCUAGAAGUAGUUUUAGGGAGUCAAAUCGAAUUAAUUAAUGACAUUAUUAUCAUAAAGUCGAUUAGUUGAUUGAGAUUCAAAUGUAUUUGUUGUGAUUGUUGGUAUAAAUGAAACAAAGAUUAGCGAGGAAAGUUAACUAUAUUUAGCAUAACAUUUGUUUGUCUUAAGUAAGUUAUAACUUAAGUAUAUCUAUAAAAUAUGGACUAGCAAUAUAUUUCACAUAAUGACAAUACGAUUAUUUCAUUGAAUGAAAAUCAUAAUUAAUGCAUUUAAUACUAAAGACUAGAUAACUGCGACAAAAAUCUACAAUUGCUUUAGCGAAUAGGCACAUACUGUACUUAACUUUGUUAAACCAUCCAGCAAUCAUAAGCGAGACUUUAUGGAAAUAAAAAAAUAUAUUUGUUAUCUGUAUAAAUGGCGUAAACUGCCAAUCUGUUCACCUUAUAUUUAAGAUGUUGCAUAUAACAGUAUUUUUGAGAAUUCUUUCUUGUAAAUAUUCUGUCGCAGUCACCUCCCCUCUCAGGACCUAUCCAAAGUAAAAACCAACAUUAUAACUAUAUUGUUCAGCUACAGUAUGUACUAUUACAGAAAAAAGUCCUUGUACAAAAUAAAAUUGUUAGCAAUAUA